AUGAUUUCUGUGAUGCAACACAUGAUGAACAACUCCUCCACAACGCCCAACGUCUUCAUCAAGACGUCUCCAGACUCUUCUCCUGUUUCCUUCAACAAACAAUCCGAGUCUCCACCAACGACGUCUUCGGAAAUGAUGCAGCAGGCGUCGUGCUUCUGGCCAUCGGUUGCUCAGCUUCAACAAUCGGCAUCUGGGUCAUCGGGAACAUCGAGUGGGCCCAGUAGCUCGGCAUCCAAUAAUCGACCAACUGUUCCACCGACGGAUAGCCAUUCGGAAAGAGGAUCGGAAGCAGCGAACAGUCCACAAAUGCCAAUACUUCCCACUGGAAUGCCAGCGACGGCAGCAGCCGGUAUGUAUCCAUUCAACACUGGCCGAUUCCCAACAGCAAACGAUUUUGGAAUGAUGGUCAAUCCAUCAGUCUACUCGGAUUUCUAUAACAACAGUUUGGCCGCUUCAUGGGGAUACCCUUAUGGACAACAAUACCCAUUUCCAUCAGGCUACUCGAUGCCAAAUUUGGAUGGAAGUUUGAAUGAUGGAGCUCAGCUGGAAUGGACAUCAUCCUCCCAUUCGAUGAGGAAAAAGCGAAAGCCAUACACAAAAGCUCAAACUUUGGAGCUGGAAAAAGAGUUUCUGUAUAAUACAUAUGUUAGCAAACAGAAACGAUGGGAAUUGGCAAAGUAUUUGCAUCUGACAGAGCGACAAGUCAAGAUUUGGUUCCAGAAUCGCCGAAUGAAAGACAAGAAGCAAAAGCAGCGAGCACCAGGGGGGGACCCAACUGGAAUGCUCAUGCCGCCUGGCCUGAGUCCUUGA